AUGGCCGACUCGGAGCUCCUCGAGUCCGCCGCGUCGCCUGCCACCAGCUUCGACGCCUUCGCGUGGCUCGAGACGGCGCUCUCCACGUCCGCCCCCACGACCCUCGCGUCCUCGCUCGCCCCUCGACUCGCUCUCCGCUCGCAGUCCCUCUCCCAGACGCUGCAGACGUCGCUCCAAGCCGUGGCCCACACCGUCCCGAGUCUCCACACGCGUCUCCACGCGCUGCAACUCACUGCGACGCCGCUUGGCGCCGACCUUCAUGUCGCACAGAGCGUCUGCACGUCGCUCACGUCUGACACGUCGUCCAGUCGUCGGCCAGACGCGCGUCGUCUGCUCGUGACGCUCCACGAGACGAAGCGACGACUCGAGAGCUGCUCGCAAGCGCUCGUGGAAGCUGCUAGAUGGACGCGCUAUGUACGCGACUGUUUCGCCGUGAUUGAAGACCCUUCGCUCUUGUCGCUUGAGGGCCCCGACGCCGAGCCAACGGACGACGCCGAGACGUUGGGCGAUCGUGUGCGGCAGAUGCGCUCGAGUCUGGACGUGCUGAAGGACCUGCCAGGAGUUCAAGAGCGGAGAAGGACGAUGGAGAGGUUAGAGACGCAGAUUGAAGCGGCGGUGCUGCCUCGAGUUGCUACGAAGCUUCGACAGGACGACGUGGGCGACGUCACGAGGCUUUGCUGGUGUCUGGACGUGCUCAAUAGCAUUGAUCGAGGUCAUGUGAUGAAGGCAGAGUUUUGUCAGGCGAGACCUGUUCGGUUGCACCGUGAGUGGUUCAAGUAUGAGGACGAGAGGAAGCAGAGUGCGGGAAUAGCUGAUGAUGAUGCAGAUGGUGAUGGUGAUGACGGUGGUGACCGACACGCCGCGUUUGCACGCUGGCUCGACAGUUUCUACGAGAACGUGCUACUGAUGCUGCAACGGGAGAGUCGCAACGCUCGGGAACUUUUUGGUGGCGAUGUGGAGAUGAUCCGUGUGCUGCUCACUUUGCUUCACAACACUUUGGAACCGCUCACGGCAUCCUUUCGAGACCGUCUGGAGCAGAGGGGAUUGACAAGCUCGGACUGUUCUUUUCGUCUUGAUCGACUCGUGCGCUGCUUCCACGCAACACGAAGAUUUGCUGGUCAAUUGGUGCAGCUCGUGCGGUCUUUGGAAACUGAACUUGGUGUGAAGUUGGCUGAUAGUAAUGGCAUGGCUGCAAGUGCAGAAGAUGGUAUCCUACGCAUCGUUUUCGAGCCAUACCGACUGUAUUUUACGGAAUACACGCGCUUUGCUUGCGACUUUCUUACCGACGCGCUGAUGCGUCUUGUGCCGUCGUUUCACGCGACAAGCAAUGAAGCGCUAGGUAGAGAAGACGAAGAAGAGGAAGACCGAGACGCUGCUGCUGCCACAUCACUCGAAGACUUUUCGCAACGUCUUGAGGAAGCAUCUGAAGCAGUUUGGACGGUUGUGGAUGAAAGCGUUCAGCAAUGUUACGAGUUUACAGGCGGUUUUGCAUUCCCAGAAGCUUUGGAAGCCAUAGGAACGGCAGUGCAGCAGUUUACAUUGUCCUUGGGCGCAAAAAUGCCUGCUAUCCGCAAAUACUGCAAGGCUGAACCUACUCUCCAGGUCGAAGGAGAUGACCGACGAGUUGCUGCUUUGCCCGGCUGGGGUCAAUUUCACGCAUCACUGGCUCUUCUAAAGGCCUGCGGCAUCCUAGAAACUCAACUGUGUGCGGUUGACGGUCGGCUACGCGUUCGCAUGCGCGAGCAGCUUGCCCAACAUUCUGGCGAUAAUUCAGAUGUUUCGUCGCCGCGUAGCUUACGUAGAAAUUCUUGCGACGAUUCAAGUAUCGCGCGAGCUAAUCUUUUGUACCCGACAAAGCUUGUGGUCGCAGUGUCAGCAAUGUGGCUGUGUGACGAAGACCCGACCCGACGAUCACAAUUUCGUCAGUUUGUCAGCGAGAUGGUGAGCCGUCCAGCAGGGACUGGUACCACUGUAUCUUGCUACCCGACUGCAACGGUGCUUGAUGAAGCUCAGCGUGCCGUGUGUUCAUGGACGAAGGAGGUACAGCUCCUCACAUACGACACCAUAUUCCUGCCCAUCGCGCGUGUGCUAGCCACAAUCCCUACUAAUGAGAUUUGGCACAAGACACUGAACUUGGCUCAGGAAGAUCUGGAGCUGCCGACCUUCAGUAUGCUCCCGCAGGACUAUAUUACAACAGUCGCUGACCUCUUGUUAUCACUCCUCCCACAGUUGGAGCCGUUUGCUGAAAGUAACAGUCUUGAGAACGCCUUUGUAGCCUCACGUGGCGCACAAGAGAUGUGCGUUCAGGGCGAGUGGGAUCGUCUGGGUCAAAUUUUGCAGCUCGGACCCUCUGAACUCUCGACCUGCCAGCAGAUUUUUGGCUCGAGUGGUGUGACCCCUGCUUCCGAGCAAGUACCUACAGCAGCAAAAUUUGUGGAUUUGUGGUCGGCGACAGUAGCCAGCAGUACACUAGCAGCGCUGUUGCGUAUGGUAUGCUCCAUCUCGCGACUGUCGGAGAUAGGUGCAAAGCAAUUGGCUGCCGAUUUGGGCUACUUUUACAACGUGCUGAGCGCUGUGGGCGGUGAGGAAAAUUUCAUCAUUGAUGACCUUCGACAUGCGCUUGAGACGGAUGUGCAGACCCACAUCCAACACAUUAAAGAGCUACUCGCUGAUCAUGAUAGCCCUGAGAAACGAGCUUUGGUCAAGUUGAACAACUGCAUAGUCGCGAUUCGCCAGCGUGCGCUAGAACCAGCUCGCCCGUCGUUUGCUGGCUCGGCAUCAGCAUCCUCUCAAGUUCACUAG